GCGACAGCUACUCUAGCCACGCUGCUACUGUCUCGCUUUGUGAAACACUACGGACGCAAGACUUGCUGAGUGAACGAGUUCAGAAACAAUCCCAUCGUCAAGAGGCAGGCAAGAGAUAAAAUUCUGCCAUUUACUGUAACAUUUAAAUGGAUGUGAAAGAGGAGACGUGUGAGGCUGACCUGAAUAUCAUGGAGGAGAGGACCAUAAAUGUUAAGGAGGAGGACUGUGAGUGGGAGAGUGUCCACCCCAAACAGGAGAGUCUGGACAUCAAGGAAGAGGACAGUGAACUGAGAUCAGUGAAUAUUAAAGAGGAGUGUGUCAGCACCAAGAUUCACAACUGUAUGUGUACUGAGAGUGACAAGAAAGAUGACCUUCAUUAUGGAGAUCAAGAUGGAGCAGUGAGCGGGUUAGUCUCUUCUCAUAGCAGACACUCUUCAUCUCCGGAGUCUUCUAUCAAUGUAAAAUAUGAAUCAUUACAGUCUGACACAAAGACGACUGAAGGAAUUUCAUCCCCUAGGACUGAGGAAGGUCAGACAUCACCUAAGACGUCAUCUAAAACAAGAAUCAAACUUCACUGCUGUUCUGAAUGUGGCAAACAGUUUUCAAAGAGAAGCCAUCUUCAGACCCACCAAAGAAUCCACACAGGGGAGAAGCCAUAUUGCUGUUCUGAAUGUGGUAAACAGUUUUCAGAAAGUAGCAUUCUUCAGCGCCACAAAAUAAUACACACAGGAGAGAAGCCGUAUUGCUGUUCUGAAUGUGGUAAAAACUUUUCACGGAGAAGCCAUCUUCAGAGCCACCAAAGAACUCACACAGGGGAGAAGCCAUAUGACUGUUCUGAAUGUGGUAAACAGUUUUCAGAUAGAAGCAGCUUUCAACGGCACAAAAUAAUUCACACAGAGGAGAAGCGAUAUUGCUGUUCUGAAUGUGGUAAACAGUUUUCAAAGAGAAGCUAUCUUCAGGUCCACCAAAGAAUUCACACAGGACAGAAGCCAUAUUGCUGUUCUGAAUGUGGCAAACAGUUUUCAAAGAGAAACUAUCUUCAGGUCCACCAAAGAAUCCACACAGGGAAGAAGCCAUAUUGCUGUUCUGAAUGUGGUAAAAAGUUUUCAGAAAGUGGCAAUCUUCAGCGCCACAAAAUAAUUCACACAGGAGAGAAGCCGUAUUGCUGUUCUGAAUGUGGUAAAAACUUUUCACGGAGUAGCCAUCUUCAGAGCCACCAAAGAACUCACACAGGGCAGAAGCCAUAUGACUGUUCUGAAUGUGGUAAACAGUUUUCAGAUAGAAGCAGCUUUCAACGCCACAAAAUAAUUCACAGAGAGGAGAAGCCGUAUUGCUGUUCUGAAUGUGGUAAACAGUUUUCAAAGAGAAGCUAUCUUCAGGUCCACCAAAGAAUUCACGCAGGAGAGAAGCCAUAUUGCUGUUCUGAAUGUGGCAAACAGUUUUCAACGAGAAGCUAUCUUCAGGUCCACCAAAGAAUCCACACAGGGGAGAAGCCAUAUUGCUGUUCUGAAUGUGGUAAAAACUUUUCACGGAGAAGCAGUCUUCUGAGCCACCAAAGAACUCACACAGGGGAGAAGCCAUAUGACUGUUCUGAAUGUGGUAAACAGUUUUCAGAUAGAAGCAAUCUUAAGAGGCAUCAAUGCAAGAAAUCCUGGAAAACAGAAGUAUUAGCUCCUAGUGACUACUCAGUCCUAAGAAUGGAGAAGCAAGAAAGAAAUAAAAUACCAUUAAAUGCAGUCUGAGAUAUGACAAAUGAAAUGUGGACUGAAAAAUAAAAAUGGAAGGAGUGCCUGUUGUUCUAGGAUGAAAAGGACUGAUAAAGAAAAACGUUCAGGCCCGUCUUAACAAAUUACAAUAACUCCUUAUGACCUGCAAAAAGAAUCAUUGUUAGGAACAAUGCAGGUUCUAAACUGAGUCCUUGUGGGAAACUAAUGAGAGUGAGAAGUUAAGCAGUUCAAUGAGAUUGUCCUGACUAAAGAGUGAAGUUCAUUCCUGUUUUGAUAGUAAGCACACCAAAAACAUUUGGAGGAAUUAAACCUGAGAGAAGCUGAAUUGCUGUUCUGAAUGUGGUAAACAAUUCUGGCACAGAAAUACUCUUCUGAUGCACAUUAAAAUUCACACAGGAGAGAAGCCAUAUGGGUGUUCUGAAUGUGGCAAACAGUUUUCAUGGAGAAACAACCUUUUGGAUACAACAUCUACGUUUAUUUAUAUAGCACAUUUUCAUAUAAACAAUAUACCUCAAACUGCUUUACAAGAUGAAAUAAGAAGGAAGUUAAUAUAAAACAUAAACAAAAUUAGGCCAUAAUUUACAGCUUAACAAAGAAAAAGGUAAUGUUGAAUGGCCAAGUGGACAGAAUAAAAGCAAAAAAAAAAAACUCCAGUUAGGCCGAAGAGAAGAAAAUCUGCAGGGGAUCCAAGGCCAAAACACUGCCCGGCCGCCACUGGGCAUUCUAGCUAACAUUGUACCUAAAUCAGUCCUCAUGGUUUACAUGCUUCACAUGAACAUGUUGAUGAUGAUGAUGGCCAUGUGGACACCUGGGACAUCCGCCAUUCGAUCCAUAAACAUGAGGCAGUGUGGUAUGUUGAUCAGGAGGUGGUGGAGCACAUCGUCACCACAGAAGAAAUGGAGAAGACAGCAGAGAAUAGUACAGAUUAGUAUGGAACUGCACAUCCCAGAGGAAAAUGAUAAUCCAGUGUCCAUAUAGACUAACAGGGAUACAACUAAAAUGUAGCUAUGAAAAGCCAUUUUAAAAUAAUGUGUUUUUAUCAUUAUGUUUAAUGUUCUGCAGUAUUAGCCUGGUGAAUUUCUAUUGGUAAAAUAUUUUAAAUUUUAGGAGUGUAACAGCAAAAGGCCACCUCACCAGUUCUUUUCAGAUUGGAUCUUGAAAUUAUAAGCAGACCUUCAUUUGAAGAUCUGAGGUUAUGACUGGGAGUGUAAGGGGACAGACAUUCUAAAAUGUAGGACUGGGUGAGAUUAUUUACGGCUGUGUAAACCAUUACUGUCUCCUACUUACAAACAGGUUCCAUUCCAGCAGUCUGUUUUGUAAGUCCAUUUUGUUCAUAAAUCCAGCACAUAUUGGCAUCUGUUGGUAAAUGUUUUAGUUUCAGACGUCUCUUGAUUUGGACAUAUAAACAAUGUUUUUGGUAG